AGCUGUUGUAUCUCCUCUUGGUAUAAUGAGUUAAUUUUGAAAUUUUCUUCAAGCGAAGGAGGAGGCCGAUGAACAGAGGUGCUGCAAUGAACGAAAACGAGGGUCUUUAAAAAAAACCCUAGAUCUAGUCAGGGACGAAGAUGAGUAUGGUAUUCUGAACUUAAUACUUCCUCCAUCCAAGUCUCUUGGUCCAAUAUUCCUUUUUGAAUCCUCUUAGGGUCCGUUAAGGAGCAUUGAAUCUCAUUUCUUUCUCUUUCUUCCGCUCUUCAAGAUUAGAUUGAGAUUUGGCUGGGACAACAAAUCAGUAGGAUUUCCACCGAAUCAGUUGGAGCUCGGUCUCCUCUCACUUUCUGGCUCCGUGUUAACGCAGAUGCAGUUCGAGACAAGGAUUUGAAUUAGGUUCUUUCAGGGCAUCUGGUGGCGUCACAAAGGGACAGAUAUGGGAGUGAUUUGCCAAGCGUCGAUGUUUUUGUAUGCACCGCAAACCCUGAGACGGAACCGCCGAUCAUGGUGGCUAACACCGUGUUAUCGGUCAUGGCGUACGACCACCCGCCGGAAAGGCUAAGCGUUUAUGUCUCCGACGAUGCAGGCUCUGAGCUGACCUUCUACGCUCUGGUGGAGGCCGCCGUCUUCUCCGAGCGUUGGCUUCCCUAUUGCCGGAAAUAUGAGAUUGAGCCGAGGUGCCCGGCGGCUUAUUUUCCUUCAAUUGCUUCUGGUGGUUUUGUAAAUUCGGAUUUCUCCAUGAUCAAGAGGCUGUAUCAAGAAAUGGAAAACAGAAUAGGGAUGGCUUGCAAACUUGGAAGGAUCCCCAAGGAUGAUCUUCAUAAGCAUUUCAGGUUUUCCAAGUGGGACCAUUCUUCAUCUCCUGGAAAUCAUGCUGCUAUGGUGCAGAUACAAAUUGAUGGGAGGGAGGAAGAAGCUAAGGACGGGGAAGGCCACUUUUUGCCGACUUUGGUUUAUAUGGCCCGGGAGAAAAGGCCACAAUAUUUUCACAAUUUCAAAGCUGGUGCCAUGAAUGCAUUGAUCAGAGUUUCAUGUGAGAUAAGCAAUGCACCAAUCAUUCUGAAUGUGGAUUGCGAUAUGUACUCAAACAACUCAUGCUCAAUUAAAGAUGCCCUUUGCUUCUUCAUGGAUGAAGAGAAAAGCCACAACAUAGCUUUUGUACAAUUCCCUCAACGUUUCCAGAAUAUCACCAAGAAUGAGCUAUAUGGAGGCUCCUUGAGAGUAGUCGAUAAAGUGGAAUUUCAUGGCCUGGAUGGUUGUGGUGGCCCAUUCUACAUUGGAACUGGCUGCUUUCACAGGAGGGAAACUCUAUGUGGACGGGAGUUCAACAACGAAGAUAGGAUUGGAUUGAAGAGUCACUCUCCUAUAAGGACACAUGAAAAUGUGUGUGAAUUGGAAGAGAGGCUAGGAGAACUAGUUAACUGCACAUAUGAAAAAAACACUCAAUGGGGCUAUGAGAUUGGUUUGAAGUAUGGAUGUCCGGUCGAAGAUGUAUUGACGGGGAUUUCGAUUUUAUGCAAGGGGUGGAAAUCGGUAUAUUUUAGCCCCGAGAGAGAGGCGUUUUUAGGUGUGACGACGACCACACUUGGUCAGGCUCUGGUGCAACACAAGAGAUGGUCCGAAGGAGAUCUGCAGAUUCUCUUCUCAAGAUACAGUCCACUUUGGUAUGGACUAGGAAAGCUAAACACUGGUUUUAUAUUUGGUUCUCUCACAUAUUGCUUGUGGUCUCCUAAUUGUGUGGCACUUCUCUAUUACUCCAUUGUGCCUUCUCUUCAUCUACUCAAAGGCUCUCCUAUGUUUCCACAGGUCUCUAGCAUUUGGUUUUUGCCAUUUGCUUAUGUGGCAGUCGCGGAAUCAGCAUACAGCUGCUCAGAGUUCCUCUGGGCAGGCGGAACGCUCCUCGGCUGGUGGAACGACCAAAGAAUGUGGCUCUACAAGAGGUCAAGCGCUUACCUCUUUGCGCUUCUCGACACAAUCUUGAACCUGGUGGGCCAUUCUAACCCAACAUUUGUAGUCUCCCCAAAGGUGUCCGAGGACGAGGUUUUGCAGAGAUACGAGCAAGAGAUCAUGGAAUUUGGGAGCACCUCUGCCAUGUUUACUGUUCUGUCCACACUGGCGAUGCUCAACCUCUUCUGCUUUGUUUUGGGGGUGGUGAGAGUGGUGUUGGGAGUGUUAGCAUUUGAGGCUCUGGGUCUGCAGUUUGGGCUGUGUGGGGUGCUGGUUUUGAUCAACCUGCCUUUGUACAAUGCCAUGUUCUUCAGGAAAGACAAUGGAAGAAUGCCAAGCAUUGUUACCAUUAAAUCCACAGUUUUGGCACUCUCAACAUGCACUUGUUUUGCAUUUUUGUAAUUCCAAUUCUGUUUUCUUAACUGGUUUUGUAGUGGGGGUGUUGCUAUUUCUACACCCAUUUUGGCUAUAUCCACUUCAUUAAUGUUAAAUUGACAAAUUUAACCCCAGAAAUAGAAAAGAGAGAAUCUUGAUGCAAGGUCACUUUUAAGGGCAAAAUUGUCCAUUUAAUAUAAAAGGAGUGGAUAUAGCCAAAAUGGGAGUGGAUAUAGGAACGCCAUUUGCAGUAUUGGGGUUUUUCUUUUUAUUAAUGCACCUUUGAUUAAUAUUCUUCCACAAUUGUUUGUCUUGGAAGCUCUAAAAUGUAUUGUCCUUGAAAACAAAAACAUUUUGUUGGU